AUGAUUUCAGUGUACCCUGGUUCACGAUGCAACAUCACCGAUAAAUGUCAGCUGAAUUCGAAAUGCUUAAACGGUUCUUGUGUAUGCCCUGAGCAAUUUGAUACCAGUGCCAGUGGUUUCUGUACGAAUGCUACAUCAAAAACCAUCAAGAAAGGUCUGGCUGGAUCGCACUGCUCAGCGAAUUCAUCGUGUGCCUCUAGCACACUUUUGUGUUCUUCAUCAGAGCAUUGUAUUUGUUCUGAUGGCUUCAUCGGUGAUGGACACGGCGAUUGCUCGAAAAUUGCAAAACCGUUUGCUCGGUCUAGUUCUUUACCACAGUUCACGGAAGGUAACCCUAGUGUGCCGUUUCAUUUCAUUAUUCUUAUAGCACAAUCCAACUCAUGA